AACACAUUCCAAGGAGGGGAAAAGCAGAGCGCCUUAGGUCGUGAGGAAAGGUGGAGGGAAGGCGUCUCUCAGGGAAGAAUCUGGGUGUGGAUUGGUGGUGGAGUGAGUUUGUGGAGGUAUUAGUGGUGUAGCGGUAUAACCUUGAUAUCCAGGAUCAGGUGAUUCCAGCUGUGCUGAGUCAAGGACAAAUAAAUGGAAGAAACAGCACAGAAAGAGUUACCGAAAUUCUCAACUCUGGAUUAUGUGGUUUUCGGUGCCAUGUUGGUGAUCUCCCUCCUGAUUGGCCUUUUGUGUGGCUUUCAAAGGAACACUUCCUCCUCUCCACUGAAUUAUGUCCAAGCCAAAGGAUCCCUGGCACCACCAGCUAUUAUGUUAUCCCUGCUUGGCGGAGCCAUAUCAGCUAUAUCCAUAUUAGGAACCGCCACAGAAGCUUACUAUUUCGGAGCGGAAUUUUUAAUUUCCUUCGUGGGCAUCACUCUGGGCAUGACGCUACUGUACUUCAUUUUACUGCCUACCCUCUUUACCCUUAAUCUGGUCUCUAUACAUGAGUACAUUGAGCUACGCUACGCUUCACCUGUGCUCCGGAAACUAUCAUGCCUGUCCCAGCUGUUGAAUUUGACUUUGUUGAUGGGAAUCCUCUUGUACGCUCCUUCAGUCGCUCUCUGUACCGUUACCAACCUGCCAUCAUGGGCACUGAUGCUUUUCCUUGGAUGUGUAUGCACCUUCUACACCACUCUGGGUGGUGUGCGGGCAGUUGUAUGGACGGACGUGCUGCAGGUUAUUGUUAUGGUACUGGGCCCGAUAACGAUUAUUGCACUCUGCAUCACGGAGGUAGGCGGUGUGGGACAAGCGUGGGCGAUUGUUCAGAAUGGUUCCCGCUUCACUGUCAACACUGACCCGAGCAUUUUCGUCCGCAACUCUGCAUGGGGCACCGCCGUCUACGGCUUUUACUUAACAUUAAUGUUUUUUGGUGCGAACCAAGCUGCCUUCCAGAGAUUUUCUUCCAUGAGAUCCCUGCAGAUGGCUCAAAGAAUUAGCCUCUUAACCGGUGUCGGGUGGAUCAUAUUGUGGAGUGUGUUCUUUUUCUCUGGGCUCGCCGCUUACGUGGUUUACCAUGACUGUGACCCACUGGCCUCUGGAAAGAUACGUAAACACGACAUGAUUCUGUCCUAUCUUAUCAUGGACCGCCUUGGGCACCUCAGAGGCGUCGCCGGACUGUUCGUAGCAGCAGUUUGCGGAGGCGCCCUCAGCUCAACCUCCAGUUAUUCAAACUCCAUAGCCUGCUUGAUUUGGGAGGAUUUUUUGAAAGAAAUUACAUUUUUCAGUCGUCUAAGCCCCACCAGCUCCGUCACUGUGCUGAAAAUGUUGUCUCUUCUAGCGGGCGUGGUGGGACUGAUACUGGGCAUCCUGAUGGACGGCCUGAAAGGACAUAUUAUAAAGAUAGCCAACUUAAUAGUGGUUUCGACAUCUAGUUCAGUCUUUACCGUGUACCUUGCGGGAAUCCUCAAUCCCUGGGUCAACUACAAGGGAGCCAUAGCAGGUUUGGUGGCGUCGUCUUGCUUCAGUUUAUGGAUAGCAAUUGGAAGCCUGAUGCAGGGGAUGUCCCCAACCCCUAUGCUGCAUCUCUCCACCGCUGGCUGCAGCACAACGCAUGGAACCACUGCCGCCUUGCUCACCACCUACCCACCAAACGUUACUCAGGCACCUCCACCUGAUUCGUCAGAAUCAAACACCAUCUAUGACAUUUCUGACUUCUACUUGGGCAUUCUGUCCCUCAUCCUCGGUCUGCUUGUCGCCAACAUUAUCUCCAUUUUUACAGGUGUGGUUAAUCCCUGGACUCUGAGGACAGGGGUCCUGGCUCCUCCGUGUGAACGCUUCUACAAAUACCUUUGGCUGAAGAUACAUGGAGAACGAAAUCCGUACAUCCCGAAAGAAGCUAUUCCUGAUGGCCAAAGAGCCGCAGAGACAUUGUUAUAAAUAAAAGUGUGUGUGUGUGUGUGUGUGUGUGUGUGUGUGUGUGUGUGUGUGUGUGUGUGUGUGUGUGUGUGUGUGUGUGUGUGUGUGUGUCCACGUACAUCAGGGAAGAGUAACGAAUAGGAUCUGGUUGCCUUUGUGGUAUUGCCUCUCUGGAUAAUUCGCAGAGCGCAUUAAAUGUUGAACAUUUAUUGGAACAAUGUUUCUUUUGUUGUUGCUGCUGCUGCUGUUCCUGCUUCUGCUGUUACAGUUUCACAAGCACAACAGUAACAGCACUAACAACAGAGCCAUCACUGGCAACAGGUGUAGAUGUAAUAACAGCAGCAGCAGCAGCAAACAUGGUAUAAGUAACAGCUACAUAAAUGGCGAAGGUUGUAAAGGCGCCUCCCGGAUGGGCACUGAAGGAUAAUGGGCGUGUGCACUGCAUGAAGUGGUUUUGGCGGAGACCCCAUCCCCUCUCUCUCUCUCUCUCUCUCUCUCUCUCUCUCUCUCUCUCUCUCUUUCUUCCCCACUCGCUUCCCAUCCCUUUCCAACACACGUAUACAAUAAAUAAGUGUUAUCAAUACGAGAAAUCCAUGUCCCUUUGCCUUAAACACUUCGGUUCUUUAUCUCCAUUGUUUGUGAUCGUCAGCGAGGCACCGUUAGCGAGACACUGGCUCAUCAACGUGUCAUGGGCUGGAUUAUUAUCAUUAUUAUUAGUUUAUUGACAAAUUCACAAACAUAAGAUGAUAAAACAUACAUAAUAAAAACAGUACAAGAAUAACUUCUCAAUAAAAUUUGUCCAGAUAAAAUGCAAUUUCUAAAAUGUAUGUCUUCCUCUGCUGAACAGUUAAAAUUAACCACUGUGCACAUAUUAAACCAAAACAAUAAAAACAUGAUUUUUAUACAACUAUAAAUGUAUCUUCCUCUUACUACCAGAUAAGAGAAAGAGAGAGAGAGAGAGAGAGAGAGAGAGAGAGAGAGAGAGAGAGAGAGAGAGAGAGAGAGAGAGAAAACGGUUCUGGCCAGGAUGCUAUUUUAUUUGUAGUGUCACGCUAGGAAUGCCACGCCAUGUUCAUCAUUCUGUCAUCACUCACCACCUCUGCCAGUCAUCACACACACUCCUCACUGCCUCAACCCUUCACCAUAAUCAUUAUCGCCAUUUAACCAUCUUUACUUAUUUCUCUCAUCUGCCUGUUGAGUUCAUACCACAUCAGUAAAACUUGUCAACUACACUAAACUGAACUAACCUAACUCCAGUUUCCUUGUCUCUCCGCUGUCUAUCUACUGUAUGCCACACCAGCAAAAUUUCUAAGCUAACGUAAUCUAAUCUAACCUAAUCUUCUAAAUUAAUCUCUCCAUCUAGUUCUUUAUCUAGCCUGAACCUUUUUUUUUUAUCAUUCCUGUAUUGUCAUUCUUGCCUCACCGUCUCUAACUUUCCCCUCAUUUCACUGCCAGGUGUCUAUCUUGCACUCUCCACAACUCCCACCAUCGUUUCAUCCGAUACUGCUGACAUCUCCACAUUUUGUGUCCUCACAGUAUCCUCUACCACUUCACUGUCCCUAUUUCUUUCACUUCUUUUCUCAGGUCCUACCGUCAUCUAUCUCAUCAUCAUCAUUAUCACCAUUUUCACCAUCAUCAUUGGUCACUAUGGUUCCAAUGUGCACUUUGAUAUAAUUAAAGUGCUAAACUAAUGUUUUAAAUUUAUUAUAUUCUUCGUCUUUCAGCUUUCUUCCCGCAGUAGCACACACCUAGACACACAGCACACCUUCAAUACCAUCACACACAUAUACCACACACUCUUAAUACCAUCACUCUCUCAGCCUCACCUCCAGAAAUGCGCCUCAAAGCCAGGGCUGCCGUCCCCGCAGCGCACACAGCGGCAGUGCACGGUGUCCUCCAACGCAGAGGAUUGGUCGUGCUGUGGAAUGGAAAGAAAAGGUUAUGUAUGGUCUGUGAUAUGCUAAGGAGUGGCAGUGUUAAAUGCUUACUUCUCUCAUCAAGUCUAUUUUCAAAUUCCACAGCGAAGAUUUACCGGAUUUUCUUGGGUGUUUUGCUAUUGAUGUUGCAGAAUCGCUGUUAAACUAUUUUUGGAGUCGUGAAAACACCCUUGAAAACCUUAAUAAUUUUCAUUACCGGCUGCUAAAUAUGAGGGAGAAGGCGAGGAAGUUUUAAGAAUAUGGUCCCAUACAUGUUAGUGUCCCUGAGCCUUACAAGAUUCUAUUGGUUACUUAGGUGUAGAAGACGAGUUAGGUAGAUGCGCACAGCCUUGCCACAUGCCGCCACUGUCACCAUCAAUCAUUCAAAUUUUUGUGUCUCGAGAUCUUGAGACUCCAUUUUUAAUACUGUUCGUUAAAAGGACUGAAGAGAUUCAACAAUCUAACAGUCGUAUUUUAAAUGCAAAACAAAUAGAAUAAAAUUGUGUUACAUAUGAUAAUCUGACAACUCUUACUUCCUGACCCAGAAGCGACACCACUCGCCAGUUUAACUGACGUGCUCACCAGCAAUUCUUUCACUGCACACCAAUAAUACACGUCCGUAUGCACUCAUUACCAGCCCAACAUACUUGCCAGGCCACUGGGAACAAGCUUCAGUUAGGAAUUCGGUGGUCCUGUUUCACCUUGGCCACAAAUAAAAUGUUCGAGAGGACAAACUAGAAAUACAACCCACGUAGUCGGGCAGCAGCACCGAUUCUACUGACGAUUGAUCAGCGACUCGCAUCUCUUCGGUACAGUUUCGGAACCGUUCGGUACUAGAAACCAAAACAGUAUUGAGGUACGAUAGACCGUAUUUGGGAUUAUAAUAAGAAUAGUGAGCGAAUACAAGGGAAUGCAAA